AGAUGCGUGAGAAAUGGUUUUACAACUCCAUGUUUUUGUACCAUGUGUUUGUGGUAUGGUACCGGUUCCAGUUUCCAAUGGUCAGCGAUGAGGACAGGACUUUUGCUGGAAGGUGGAAGUUUCUAACUCACUGGAACGCCAUGUUACAGAUAGCCUACUACACGUGUUGUGGGCUCCUUGUCAACUCCAACCUACUGGACAAGUGGGAGCCUGUCCGGGACCAAGCCUUCCACAUCGUCAUCCUGCCUCUCAGCGUGUUUGUGAGUCUCAUGUUCUGGGGUCUCUACAUCUACGACAGAGACCUGGUGUUCCCAGCCCACCUGGACAAGGUGGUAACACCUUUCUUUAACCAUCAGAAACACAGCGCUGUGGUUCUCUGGACCUUCCUUGAGGCGGCUAUAGUACACCACAACAAACCCGGACACUUAGAGGGACAUUUUAUAGCAGGACUGUUCUGUGCUACAUAUCUAGCAGUGGUGUUAUGGGUCCAUGCAGCGGGGGGAGUGUGGGCUUAUCCUGUGCUGGGACUCAUGAGCUGGGCGGGUAAGGCCCUGUUUUCUGGUGUUAGUAUUUUAGUGUACCUGGCAUUUUAUAGGGUGGGUCUUGUUUUUAGUGAGCUGUUACAUGACCCGCCUUUUUCUAUUUCCAAGUUGGAUUAACUUUGGAGAGAGUUUAGGUGUUUAUUUAACUUUAUUAUAAAUUACUUGUUUUUGAGUUGCGUUAUUUCGAGAUUUAGUUUACUUUUUUUGUACUUUUACUAUUCUG